CCAUCGACUUGCUCCAUCAUCGUCGUCGUGGUGGAAUCUCAGGUGUGCUUGGCUUGCCUUUGCUUACCUCCGACGAUUGUGCAGCCCACUUUAGUAGUCGCCGGUAAACCGACUAGUUUGGAUCGAAAUAUAGAUUCAUCGAACAGAAUCGAGCACCGCAGUGUGUGAAAUUUCGAAUUUAAAUCCCAACAAUAAAUCGCGUAUCGUUUGAGCGCGCGUACUCGCUUUCUAUUAUCGAUAAAUGAUUUCUCAAUAAAAUUCAAGUUGUUGUUUUAAGGUAGUGUGUUUGUGUGUGUUUAAGUCAAGAUUUGACCGAAUUUUAUGUAAACAAAAGUUCAGAAACGAUAAUAAUUUAAAGAUGUGUCCUUUUGGAAUUUAGUAAUUUCAAACUUAGCUGCACUGGAAAAGUUGUGUUCAAUGAAGUUAUUAACUUAACUCAAUAUUCAACCAAACAUCACGUUUGCAAAGAAUUCACAAUUAUUAAUCAUCUUCAAAAAUGAUGGUGCUAUGUUUAACAAGUCGCGUUCAACUUGCAAUUAUUGUUGCGAGUGCAAUUCUUGGAUUUCUAACAACAACCUUUGCCAAACCGUUAAGCUUUAAUCUUCCACAAGUACAUUUUCCAUCAUUUACUUCGAUAACACAACAAAUAAUUGAGAAAAGAAGUCUGAGGCAGAUGAAAACUUACAGUGGGAACCGGAUCAGUAACGAUUCACUGGUUAUGAUUUACUAUCAUGAUUCUACGAUAGCAGUUGUUGAAUUGGGACCACAAAAGCUCUUGCUUAACUGUGAACUCAUCGAAAUAUAUAGCGACAAUGAAGGAAAAAUUCUUCUUGAAAACCUAUCCAAACUGAACAGACCUUUGGAAAUCAAUUUCAAAGAAAUGCUCAAAUUGAUGAAUCAAUGUGAGCAAGUUGAUAAGCUUUUGUACAAGAGUAGAAAAGGUAAAGGAGAACAAGUUACCACAACAGCUCCACCGAAUUUAUUCCAGAAAACUCCAUCGAUAUUUAGUGGCAUUAUUCCAGGUACAAAAUGGUGCGGUACAGGUGACAUAGCAGAGACUUAUAGUGAUCUUGGAACAGAAUCUACCAUGGAUCGCUGUUGUCGAGCACACGAUUUGUGUCCAGUGAAAAUUAGAGCAUAUCAGACGAGAUAUGAUCUAAGCAAUGAAUCGUUAUACACAAAAUCCCACUGCAUCUGUGAUGAUAUGCUAUUUUCAUGUCUUAAAAAGACAAACACUUCUGCGUCACAAUUUAUGGGAUCAAUCUAUUUUAAUUUAGUUCAAGUACCUUGUUUAACUGAUGGACCUGGAGGCUUUCAGUAUCGAGCGGCCAAGGAGGGAUUUUAAGCAAAGCAACGAAUCUCUUUUAAAAUUUAAUAAAAAAAAUAGUGAUUUUAUAUAAUUAUUGUUGUAAAUUUUUUGUUAAUUAACAAAAUUAAUAAUAAGGUUGUGUAUAUUAAGAAAAAUUUUUUUUAUACAUAUUUGUAUUUUGUUUUUUGAUUGGCUCAAAUUAAUUAUUAAUUUAGAUGGUUAGAAAAAUAAAUUUAAAAACAAAUAAA